GCCAGACUUUUGCUCCUGGGCUCCGUUUGCAUCAUCCCCAUCACACCCUCCGGGAAAAGGAGCCAGCCCCCUUUCCAGCCUCGGCUUCCGGCCGAGCGACCCCUCCCCCUCCGGGUCCCCCAGCCCUUCUCCCACCUCCCCACACCCCAAGACUACCCGUCCACAGCCGCGUUCGUUCCCUCUCUCUGCUCUCCUCUGUCCCUUGCUGGAUGCUGCCCGCUUUUUAAGGAUGGUAGAUUUGGAAAGCGAAGUGCCCCCUCUGCCUCCCAGGUACAGAUUCCGGGAUUUGCUCCUAGGGGACCAAGGAUGGCAAAACGACGACAGGGUACAAGUUGAAUUCUAUAUGAAUGAAAACACAUUUAAAGAGCGAUUAAAGUUAUUUUUCAUUAAAAACCAGAGAUCAAGUCUAAGAAUACGCCUGUUCAAUUUUUCUCUCAAAUUGUUAAGCUGUUUAUUAUACAUAAUCCGAGUACUGCUUGAAAACCCAUCACAAGGAAAUGAAUGGUCUCACAUCUUUUGGGUGAACAGAAGUCUCCCUUUAUGGGGCUUACAGGUCUCAGUGGCACUGAUAAGUCUAUUUGAAACAAUACUCCUUGGUUAUCUCAGUUAUAAGGGAAACAUCUGGGAACAAAUUUUACGAAUACCGUUCAUCUUGGAGAUAAUUAAUGCAGUUCCUUUCAUUAUCUCAAUAUUCUGGCCUACCUUAAGGAAUUUGUUUGUUCCGGUUUUUCUAAAUUGUUGGCUUGCCAAACAUGCCUUGGAAAAUAUGAUUAAUGAUCUUCACAGAGCCAUUCAACGUACACAGUCUGCAAUGUUUAAUCAAGUGUUGAUUUUGAUAUCUACAUUACUAUGCCUUAUCUUCACCUGCAUUUGUGGAAUUCAGCAUCUGGAACGAAUUGGGAAGAAGCUCAAUCUUUUUGACUCUCUUUAUUUCUGCAUUGUGACAUUUUCUACAGUGGGUUUUGGGGACGUCACUCCUGAAACAUGGUCCUCCAAGCUAUUUGUCGUUGCUAUGAUCUGUGUUGCUCUUGUGGUUCUCCCCAUACAGUUUGAGCAAUUGGCCUAUUUGUGGAUGGAGAGACAAAAGUCAGGUGGAAACUACAGUCGACACAGAGCUCAGACUGACAAGCAUGUUGUCCUGUGUGUCAGCUCUCUGAAGAUUGACUUACUUAUGGAUUUUCUAAAUGAAUUCUAUGCUCACCCAAGACUACAGGAUUAUUAUGUGGUGAUUUUGUGUCCUACGGAAAUGGACGUGCAAGUCCGAAGGGUGCUGCAGAUUCCAAUGUGGUCCCAAAGAGUUAUCUACCUUCAAGGCUCCGCCCUUAAAGAUCAGGAUCUAUUGAGAGCAAAGAUGGAUGAUGCUGAAGCCUGUUUCAUCCUGAGCAGCCGCUGUGAGGUGGAUAGAACGUCCUCUGAUCACCAAACAAUUUUGAGAGCAUGGGCUGUAAAAGAUUUUGCUCCCAAUUGUCCUUUGUAUGUCCAGAUAUUAAAACCUGAAAAUAAAUUCCAUAUCAAAUUCGCUGAUCAUGUUGUUUGUGAAGAAGAAUUUAAAUACGCCAUGUUAGCUUUAAACUGUAUAUGCCCAGCAACAUCUACACUUAUUACACUACUGGUUCAUACCUCUAGAGGGCAAGAAGGCCAGCAGUCGCCAGAACAGUGGCAGAAGAUGUAUGGGAGAUGCUCUGGAAACGAAGUCUAUCACAUUGUUUUGGAAGAAAGUACAUUUUUUGCUGAAUAUGAGGGGAAGAGUUUUACCUAUGCUUCUUUCCAUGCCCACAAAAAGUUUGGUGUCUGCUUGAUUGGUGUUAGGAGGGAGGAUAAUAAAAACAUUUUGCUGAAUCCAGGUCCUCGAUACAUUAUGAAUGCUUCAGACAUAUGUUUUUAUAUUAAUAUUACCAAAGAAGAAAAUUCAGCAUUUAAGAACCAAGACCAGCAGAGAAAAAGCAAUGUGCCAAGGUCAUUCUAUCACGGACCUUCUAGGUUGCCUGUGCAUAGCAUCAUUGCCAGCAUGGGUACUGUGGCUAUAGAUUUGCAAGACACAAGCUGUAGAUCAGCAAGUGGUCCUACACUGUCUCUUCCCACAGAGGGAAGCAAAGAAUUAAGAAGACCUAGCAUUGCACCUGUUUUAGAGGUUGCAGAUACAUCAUCAAUUCAAACAUGUGAUCUUCUAAGUGACCAAUCAGAAGAUGAAACUACUCCAGAUGAAGAAAUGUCUUCAAAUUUAGAGUAUGCCAAAGGCUACCCACCUUACUCUCCAUAUAUAGGGAGUUCUCCCACUUUUUGUCAUCUCCUCCAAGAAAAAGUGCCCUUUUGCUGUUUAAGAUUAGACAAGAGUUGCCAGCAUAACUACUAUGAGGACGCAAAGGCCUAUGGAUUCAAAAAUAAACUAAUUAUAGUUGCAGCUGAAACAGCUGGAAAUGGAUUGUAUAAUUUUAUUGUUCCUCUCAGGGCAUAUUAUAGACCAAAGAAAGAAUUAAAUCCCAUAGUUCUGCUAUUGGAUAACCCGCCAGAUAUGCAUUUUCUGGAUGCAAUCUGUUGGUUUCCAAUGGUUUACUACAUGGUGGGCUCUAUUGACAACCUAGAUGAUUUGCUCAGGUGUGGAGUGACCUUUGCUGCCAACAUGGUGGUUGUGGAUAAAGAGAGCACCAUGAGUGCUGAGGAGGAUUACAUGGCAGACGCCAAAACGAUUGUGAAUGUGCAGACUCUGUUCAGGCUGUUUUCCAGUCUCAGUAUUAUCACAGAACUUACACAUCCAGCAAACAUGAGAUUCAUGCAAUUCAGAGCCAAAGACUGCUACUCUCUCGCUCUUUCAAAAUUGGAAAAGAAAGAACGUGAAAGGGGUUCUAAUUUGGCCUUUAUGUUCCGACUACCUUUUGCUGCAGGAAGAGUGUUUAGCAUCAGUAUGUUGGACACACUUUUAUAUCAGUCAUUUGUGAAAGAUUAUAUGAUUUCUAUCACCAGACUUCUCUUGGGGCUGGACACCAUACCAGGAUCGGGGUUUCUUUGUUCUAUGAAAAUCACUGAGGAUGACUUGUGGAUCAGAACGUAUGCCAGACUCUAUCAGAAGCUGUGUUCUUCUACUGGAGAUGUCCCCAUUGGAAUCUAUAGGACGGAGUCUCAGAAACUUACUACAUCUGAGUCUCGAGAAAUAGCAUCGCAAUCUCAAAUAUCUAUCAGUGUGGAAGAGUGGGAAGACACCAAAGAUGCCAAGGAGCCAGGGCACCACCGCAGCAUUCACCGCAACUCAACCUCCAGUGACCAGUCAGACCACCCCUUACUGCGGAGGAAGAGCAUGCAGUGGGCCAGAAGACUGAGCAGAAAAGGUCCAAAGCACUCUGGUAAAACUGCAGAAAAGAUAACUCAGCAGCGACUGAACCUCUACAGGAGGUCAGAAAGACAAGAGCUUGCUGAACUUGUGAAAAAUAGAAUGAAACACCUGGGCCUUUCUACAGUGGGAUAUGAUGAAAUGAAUGAUCAUCAAAGCACGCUCUCCUAUAUCCUGAUUAACCCAUCUCCAGACACCAGGAUUGAGCUUAAUGAUGUUGUAUACUUAAUCCGACCAGAUCCACUGUCCUAUCUUCCAAACAGUGAACCCAGUAGAAAAAACAGCAUCUGCCAUGCCACAGUUCAAGACUCUCGGGAGGAAACCCAACUCUGAUACAAAGAAAGAGACUUUUUUUUCUACAAGGAUCUUUCUUGGAAUUUCUAAGGUGUUGCUGAUGUUAACAAUAUGUAAGGAAAGUAUUUGAUUGCUCACUUUUUCCAGAAUUAAAAAAAAAUCUAUUCUAUUAGAAGUACAGAUCCCUUUGAAACAUAAUGUGCUGUUCAUGGAUACUUCCCUCAUUAAUAUUUGAAUUUCCUUAGUGGGGUAAUUCUGUAAAUCAAUUUCAAUCACAAAAGUUACAGUCUGAUAUUUAACUGUUUGAGAAUAAUCUGAACUGUAUAAAGCCAAUUUUUAAAAGUUGCUAAGAUUUUAUGAAAAUAAACUAAAGAAAUCUAACAAUACUGUACUUUACAAGGACAUAGAAGAUUGUUGUUCCUCCUACAGCUAAAUGUAUCAUUACAUUCUUUAAAUUUGAUGCUUUAUAAAAUUGAACUCAUCAAGAACAUCUGGUUAUCUCUGGCUAGAGAUUAACCACAGACUUAUGUCUGACUUUUUUUCAAGAUUCACGGUUUGCUUUAGAAUAGAUCUUUAGAGUCAAUUUUUGUUUGUCUUUCCAUGUGGUGUUCAUUUUAGUAUUUGAGAUAUUUAUAGCAUGUUUAAUUACACAGAAGAUAAACACACACAAAAAGAAAAUUUAAGCAUCUGAGUUUUUUUGGUAACUUGACAUCUAGUAUACAUAUUAUACCAAGAAAAGUGAACUGAAGAGAAAAUAUUUGUUUUCCUAAAAAACAAUGCCUAGCAUAGAGAAACUAAUAUAUAUCUCUUGAGUUAAUUUUUAUAUCAGAAUUGGAAUAUUCACUGGAUUGUCAGAUAUGCAGUAAUGAUUUCUAUUACUGUUAGCUUUAGCAUUUUUCAUUUAGCUAUAUAGCAAAUUUCAUUAGAAAAAUACUUUGAAGUCUAAAGAAGAAUGUUUACACAUUUUAUGGAACACAAAGACACUUCAAAACUUUAAUCAUCAUCCUCCAUAUGUCUUUGAUAUUAAAUAGUCACACACAAACAUACUCAUAAAGUCUGAUUUAAUAUAAAAAUGAUCAACCAUAUCUAUAAUUUAGCUUUGUAAGGAAAGAACAUUGAAAAUGAAUAUUUGUCUUUCAAUUUUGUUUUGUUUCGUUUUGUUGAAACAGGGUCUCCCUCUAGCCCCUACUGUUCUAGA